GAAGCAAGGCAAAAUGGGGCGCCGCCGCUGGGGCCUCCUCCUCGCCGUCGUCGUGGGCGGCGACGACGACCUGCGCUCCCGCCUCGCGAGCCGGGCUGCCGCCAUCCGCGCGGCGCGCGGCGAGAAGGGAGCCCCCGCUCCGCCCGUCGUCCUCCGGCCGCCGGCGCCGCGCGUCGACCACAGCGAUGCUGGUGAGGGCGACGCCGUCGCCGGCGCCGCGGGCGUGACGGUGCCCGUGGCCAUCGACGGCGCCGACGCGCGGCUGCGCGCCGAGCCCGGCGAGGCGCUCAUUGUCGCCGCGCGGCGCUUCGCCGAGGCGCACCUGAGCCGCUACGAGGGCGGCGGCUGCGGUUUUGGAGACCGGUCCUGCGUCGUGGAUCGAUUGUAUGAGGCGCUGCGCGAGGAAGAUGCCCAGCUGCGGGAAAAGGCGGCCGAGCGCGAUGCCAAGCGGCGGUUCCACAUCCUGGCGGCCGUCGGCCUCGUCGUGAUGAUCGCAGGGAUGGCCCUGCACCACCUCAAGCAACGCGCUCAACAUGAAGUGGCGGCGGCGGCGGCGCGCGCCGAGGCACUAUUGAAAGCCGAAGCCGCGGCCCUCCGAGCGGCGCACGACGUCGACGUGAAGCGCGCCGAGGAGCGGUCCCGGGCCGCGGCCGCGGCGCUCCAAGCGGCGCACGAGACGCGCAUCAAGGAGAUCCGCGCCAAGGCCUCGACGUCGCAAGCGGAGGCCGACGAGGUCCAGCGGCUCAAGCGCGCGAACGAGGCGUUAAGGAGGCAGCUGCGGGACAAGGAGCCCGUGUCCGUGUCGCUCGCGUCGGUGCCGGCCGGCGUCCUUUAUUUUACGCGCGGCGAUGGCGUCGGCCAGAGCUCAUACGCCAUCGACGCGACCGACGCGCAGGCCCGUAAGCACCUCCAAAAGGCAGCCGAGCUCCUCCUGAACGGCGAGGGCAACGCGCACGCGCACGAGAAGGAGAUCGAGCGCUGGGACCGCGUCAUCCAGAGCCACCCCGAGCAGAUCGAGCAGGCCGAGGCGGCGCGCACGCAGUGGCUCGCGGCGCACGCCGACGAUCGAGAACAGGCGCGGCGUUUUAUGAGGAGCCUCGUGCCGCCGAGCGUCUGGCGCGGGAUGAAGCUCGCGGACCUCGAGGCCCGCGGCCUGAGCAAGGCCUGCGCGAAGCGUAUUUUUCAGACGCCGGCGCUCUGGCUGUGUCGCGCCGAAGCCGAGCGCGUGGCCAAGUUCCACGUCGCGGACUUGCGGGGCAGGUACGCCUACGACCGGCUGACGUUGCUCGAGCUGCGGGCCGUCUUCGUGUCGCUGCCGGCGUUUUCCGACGAAGCGAAGGCGUCGUGGAAGCAGGGCCUCGAGGACAAGCUCCGACAGUUCGAGACGGGCGACCUCCCGCCCGCGAAGGUGAGGCCGCCCUGCUUUAGUGAAGAGGGGCCCUUCGACCCGGACGCGGACGACGCGGUGAUGGCGCCAGCGGCGCGCGAGGUAGGAGUGUUGACUCCGGUGACGGCGGCGGCCCGCGCCGCUCCCUCCGCGGCCGCUCCCGUCGCCGAUCCGUCUGCUGACGCGCCCGUGGCCGCUCCGUCUGCUGCCUUAUCCGUGCCCCCUCCCGGCAAUCCUAGCAACGACCUGAUGGCCGCGAUCCGGGCGCGCUCCGACCAAGCGAGGCCCGCGCGCCGCCCCGCGCCGGCCGCCGGCGGCGACCUCCUCGCGGCCAUCCGCGCGCGGCGCCGCUCGCGGACGCCGCCGCCGCGCUCGCGUCGCAAGCCCGCGAAGGUCGUCGUGCCGGCGGCGCCGGGCGACGUCCUCGCAGCAAUCCGGGCGCAGAAAACAAAGCUGAAGCCGAAGGUUCAAGACGAGAACGGGGCGCGGACGCCGCCGCGGAAGACGCCGGGCCCGCCGGGCCGGAGCCCGCGCUCUGCGUUCUGUGCAGUCAUCAACACGCGUGCGGCGCGGGACAAGGUGCCGGCGGCGGGCUGCGUUUAG